AUUUACAUACUUACUUUACUAUGCUUGAUAUGUAACAAAUCUUACAAUUAAUUAAAUUUCUUAUCGAGCCUUUACUUAUUACCUAAAUAAAGCACGAAUGAAGACCAAAUUAUGUAAAAAGUUUUUGUGAAAUAAUUAUCAGGGUUUUGAAGAAAAAUAUAUAUUUGCGAAUAAAGAUUUUUUUCUUGCCGCUGCUACUGUGCAGUGCAAAUAAUAAAAUAGAUAAGUGUUUUACGUAAGACGAGUAACGUCAAAUUGCAUAAGGUACAUGUAAAAUGCAUAUGUAGUCGAUAAGAUACAUAUUGCAAAAUAUUCAACAUAAAUAUUAUAUUUAUUAUUUUAUCUAAUAAAAAUAUUUCUAUAAUAAUAAUAGAGGACGGAUAGAAUAAACGUGUAUCGAAGGAUUUAGUUAAUUUACAGACUCUGUCGCAUCUCGAGCCUGGCGCUGUGAACCGGCCAUAGAAUAUCACAACAUAAGAAAGUCACCUUCAUUUCCGUUGAUGGCUUUUAAUAGUUGGAAAGAGUAGCAAAAGUAUUUUGAUCGGCGGUGUACAAUAUUUGAUAGCGCAAAGCACAUGCUUUCGAUUCUAAGCAACCAAUCGAACAUCAGACGAUUGUGCGCGAGCGCACUCCUGUGAUUUUUCGAAUAAGCGCAAGUCAACGAAGGUGUCAGUAAUUCACAACAUCGAAAGUUGCGUGUCAGUUCAGGUGUGCUCGUCACACGGUGCACUGCAUGUUUUCAAUUAUUUUAUCGAGACACAUGAGAACGUGUACCCUUGUGGUUCUAGAACAACUCAUAUGUCGAGAAAGAAACUACGUGCUCCGUUGAAAUGAGCGAGUCCGUGAAAGUGGCCGUGAGAUGCCGGCCAAUGAACACGCGGGAGCUGCAGCAGGGAUGCAGGGUACGUCAGCCGAGAGAAAGACGGGGAACAGGAUCCACGUUCGGCCCCUUGCUUCAACGUGGUAACCACCGACCCCGUCACAAAAUGCUGCACCCUGGAGUGUCCGAGCGAUGGAACCGGCAAAGUGUACCAGUUCGACGCGGCGUUCGGCCCAGAAGCAAGCACCGAGUCAUUGUACGAGAACGUUGGCUCGGUGAUCGUGGAAGCAGUCCUGGACGGUUACAACGGUACGGUGUUCGCUUACGGGCAAACCGGCUGCGGGAAGUCGCACACGAUGCGCGGCUUCAUCGAGCGCACCCUGGACCACAUCUUCGAGGCCACGUCGACCGCUAGCUCGGACAUGAGGUACCUGGCACUGCUUAGCUACCUGGAGAUCUACAACGAAAAGUUACGGGAUUUGUUGCAAGACGGGAACAGCGAUCUCCUAACGCUGAAGGAAGAUCCGAGCCGCGGCACAUACGUGGCCGGUGGCCUGCGAGAGACUACGGUCAAGGACGCGCAGGAAUGCGCCCGCUUGGUCGAGCAGGGGGAUAGGCGAAGAGCGCUUGCGGCUACUAAGAUGAAUGCAGCCAGCUCUAGGAGCCACGCGGUGUUGACGCUGUCCCUGGAAACAUUGGCCAUCAACGAUGACAGUAAAACGGAGAACGCGGUAAAAAGAGGUAGGCUGCACUUGGUGGACCUGGCUGGGUCUGAGAGGCAGGCUAGAACUGGAGCCACUGGGGAUAGGCUGAAGGAAGCAGCUAGUAUCAAUUUGAGCCUGUCUGCGCUGGGAAAUGUGAUUAGUGCUUUGGCUGCUGGCCAUGGACGACAUGUGCCUUACAGGGACAGUAAGCUGACAAGGCUUUUAAGAGACAGUCUUGGUGGCAACGCGAGGACGUUGAUGAUCGCUUGCAUAAGUCCCAGCGACGUGGACGCCGAGGAAACCCUGAGCACGUUGCGGUACGCUGCCAGAGCCCGAUGCAUCAAGAACAAGCCAGUGAUCAAUGAGGAUCCCAAGGAUGCUCUGUUGAGGCAGUAUCAACUGGAGCUGCAGCGUCUUCGUUCCCUGUUAGAAUCGAGCGACGCUAAUUCGAUACCGAAAGAGAUUCCCGUCAUCGAGGCGAACGAAGAGGUGGUCGUUGAAGAAGUCGAGCGAUUGAAGAAGGAAUGCGAGCAUUCGAACCUGUCAGCCCAGAGGCUUCGCGAGGAGCUGGAAGCUUUGAAGUCUCGCUUCGAGAGUGGAACGCAAACGAUGAACAACGUGCUUUCCAAGGCUGUCUCCGAGGAACCGAUGGGCGAGCAGGGCCUGGAACGCGAGGAGAAACGGAAGAAGAAGCAGCAGGCAGCCAUGCAGGAAGUCCUGAAGAGGUUGGAGAAGUUGACUAUCGGAGGAGAGGAACAAGGGAACACGGAGCUGAGGAGACGCCGUGAGAGGAGGAGGAAGAAACUCGCAGCUCUUGCUUCAGCUUUGGAGUCCAGCGCCCAGGAGGGCAAUGGGAGUGUCUUCCAAGUCUACGGUCAGCUUAGGUCAACAGAAGAUGCCUUAAAGCGAAUGGCGAAACGGGCGAAGCAAUUGGAAGCGGAGGCAGCGGAUCUUCAGGCUUCUUGGGAUGCGGAACGUCGCGAUCUUCUUCGCAGAGAGCUGCUGACGUCCCAGAUAUGCGACGCGAUGGUUCCUCAUCUUCGUCCCGGUUGCCCGUUCCGCGACGUUGCCGUCGUACGAGCUGCAGCGACCUGGUGCGACGAGCUAGGUCGGUGGAGACUGCCCGACGUGUCGCCGCAUAUUCCUCUUCCUCCACCGUCGUUAGUCCUCAAGGAUAACAUACAGUACUCCAUACCGCCUUCCAAACCCGAUCUCAACAACAACAGCAACGGCAAGGACGCCGAAGACGAGAUCGGCAAUGAGGCUGACAACGAAGAAAGCAGCGAGCAGGAGGAAACCAAGAAGCCGGACAUCGUCGACACGUACUUCCGUCGAAACCGAAUCGACAAAAUCCUGGCGCACGUUAGGGAAGCGAAAACUUUCGAUUCCAGUAGCCGGAUCAGCCGGUCAGGAGGGUCCGAGGACUUCAUUCCACUCGGCGGCAACUAUCAGCAGUUGAACGCUCUGAAUCUCCAAAGUAGCGCACCAGUGAUUGGCGAGGUGGACAGCUACAAGCCUACCCCCCAUCUGCCAAUGUCUCGCUUCGGAAGGCCAGGUUGGCUGUUGGAGGAGAACUCGAUGACCAAGGGCCUUUUCCCGAGCGCUAUCAAGAGAAAUCCUCCUCGGAUACUGGAAGCGUUGCCUUCGUAUCCGCAAGGCACCAACGGAGGGAUUAAAUUCGGGAACAAGAUUCUGUCGGACAAACUUUCAUCAAGAUUGAUCGAAAACGAAGCCGACGGGAACCGACCCACUUUAGUUGGGCACACUCGUUCUCCUACCUACUGAUACUAGACACGUAGAGACGAAGAUGAAACUUGGGGGCAAUAAUGUUUGGAGGAUGUCUGUGAUAAGGAUGUGCAAAUGGAAGCAACAUCUGAAACGCUCAAUAGCGACGGAGCGUGGUAAAGAUCGUAUCUGAAAACGCAGAAGACUGGGAUCUUAACGACGACCGGAGAGUUUAUCAAAAAUUGCCAUUCUCACUGACAAUGGACUUGGGAAAUUAAUAAUAUUUUCGAAUAAAUUUACAAAUGUUAUUAGUAAUUUACAUUUAUUCUUAAGAAACAAUGUUUCUCGUCUGCUCGUGCAAUUUAUUUUUAUCUUAAUAUAUAAAAUGGUCAAACCACGUUACUGGAAGUUGUACACAUUUGAAUAAUUAUUAAAAAUAGAGUAAAAUUAAAUAAUAUUCCCUUAUUAAAAAAAAAACGAUUAACACAUUGUUCUUUGUACAACAACAUAUUUAUUCCAACGAGUCUGAAGCUACAGAAAUUUUCUACGAGCCAUAUUUUAACUCCUCUUUCCUCUUGUUUCAUGCAAGCGCGAUGUAGGAAACUCUUGCGAAAAAUCUAAUCGCUGUGGUACCCGAAACCACACUUUUCCAAGCAUCAUAGUCAUAGACGAUAAAAAAUAGUUUAAUCAUCAGCGAAUCUUUAUUAUUUUCCCAUGAGCAAUAUGACAAUUACGUGAACGACCAUCGAUAUGAUAUCCACGAGCAAAGAAGGAUCGAAAGAGGUGUUAAAAGACAGGAAUUCCAACAGGUUUAUGAAAGUACACGUACAUCGUUGUGCACACAAUUAUACAAAGAAGCAAUUUUUAAGCAAAAACGUAAACGAGAUAUCACGAAUUCCAUACACAUUUCGAAUAACGUAUAUUUUGAUGAAUUAAAAUUCAGUAAUGUCGUCUCAGAACAGAGUAUGCUUUAUUCGCUACAAUAUUAACCGCUUCCUCGUGUUAACACGUUGAAUGCCGCACGAUUUUAAGCUGCAGGACAUGCGAAACGAAAGAAAUACAAUAUUAAAUUAUUGAAUUGAAUUGUGUUCAUAUCAUCGCAGGUUUGCCUUGCUGAAUCAUAUUUAUGUCACUGCAUUAGGUAACGUUAUUUGCAAUACAGGAAUUGUUUCAAGUAACCACCGUUUAAUUGAAGGAACUGCAGUAGUUGAAUUUGUGCGGAGGUCACCGGUAACCACCACGGCAUUCAACGUGUUAAUUAGGAUAUCGAAAACUCUACUAUUUUGCAAGCUGGUGUACCUUUGAUUCCUAGUGGAAAGAAAAAUUGUUCGCAUUGGCCGAAACGAUCGAUGCAAUCGCGGGCGUAAAAAGAGAAACCACGAGCAGCCGGGUCACGCGAUGUAGAGAACGUACACACAUUUUUAAUACAUUAGAUCGCCGGUACGGUUCGAUUAAUCGUUCCGCGAUAAAGGUUCUUGCGAAAUCCCGGCGUCGGGAGAUUUAAGGUGUGCGACCGACGGUUUUCACUCGACACACGCGCGUCGCUAAAAAAGUGCCAGAGAAAGGACCAAAGCCGUGAAACCACGCUCACGGUUCUCUAUGUGUAGGUCAGUAAAUCUUUGUACAUAGUCCUUGUACAUAUAAAUCCGUGUAUACAUGAGCAACGGUGUCGUUUUAAAAGUUUUUAGUCGCAUUCUUUUAGUUUUUCUUAUCGAUAGCGAAAUUUAUUAAAGGUUUUGAUUAUUGUAAUGGAAAUUUUAAUUAUUUUGUUUAUAUAUACCUGUACUAUUAAUAAUGCCUAAGGGUUAGUAAUUCUAUCAAUAAAUUACAUUGAUUUUAUUAAUACAAUUUUGGCAUAGAUUUUAUUAAUGAAUUAUGCAUAUUUAUGAAUUGUUGUAAUUCGAAAUUAUUGAAGGAUUUAAUGAUCGAUAAACAACGGAUGAAAGAUGCGUUUAGAUACCUGUUUACUUCGUGAUUAUUUUUUGUUUCAACAAUGUGCAACUAUAAACUUUUGAACGAUUACGUAAAUGUUGCUUCAUGCUGAUUAUAGCUGCUAUUUUUCCAUGUUGAUUAAUUAGAUCGUGAGCAUUUGCGCAACUUCGAUAUUUUAUGGAUUAAUUAAAAAACAUGAAGGCUAAAUGUAAAAUUUAAUUGCGAUUGCUUCGUUCAGCUGGCAGUGACAUGAAUUUCCUAUUAAUCAUGCUGACGUUUGCAAUCCAAUUAAGAAUAUUGGAAUGGUUUAAUAAUAAUCUGUGUUCCGUAACAACAAUUCAUUGAACCAGGAAUAAAUAGAUGAUUUAUAGAUAGAUAAUUAUGAGAAUACUUGAUUGGUGUUGUAGUCAAUUCUUUUUCUUGUUGAUACAGAAAAACCGACAGGGAACAAAUUUAUUGUUUAACGUAUUUAAUGAUAUGUAUGAUAUGUAUAUGUGUUAUAAUUAAGAUGGUUUGGAAUCUAACGAGUUGCACCUAUUUUCUCAAACUUAUCUCGAACGUUUCUUUGUCUCGCUGACGUAAGAAAAUGAUGUUUUGUUCUAAAGAAAAUUUACAUUUUGCGGAAACAUACGAUUCUCCAAAAAAGCAAAACAUGAAACUGGAAAACUAACAGCUCUGCAUUUAAGUCCUGACUGUACAUAAAAUAAAGUAAA